AUGGAAAAGGACAGUAGCUGUCAAGAAUUAGAAAAUGAAGUUGAUAAAGGCCGUGUGGAUUGGAGUAAAUUUGGAAAAACAAUGCAAAAAUCCUUAAUUCUUGGGCAAACACUUAAAGGAACAGAUCUCCAAAGUUUGAUGCGAGCACACACAACUAUAACAUGUGGGAUUGCAGUAGAGAAUUGGACCAACAGUGAAUUAGCGUCACCUCAGUAUACAUCGUUUACAGGCAUGUUGUCAGUACCACCUAGGUCUAUAGGGUCAGGAGCAGUUCAAGCAGUCGUCAGUCACAAGAGUGCUAUUGGUAUAAGAGGAUGCAGCGGGCUGAUAUCCUGGAAAUUAAAAAACAGACGUGUUGUCAUGGCAUGGACAAUACCAUACUUUACUUCAAAUGCCCUAGCCGUUGGAAUAACAAACAAUACCUGCGCUAUACAUGAUGAUAAGUGGUUUAGAAAAAUGAUGGAAGACAAGAGUGACAAUGAAAUAAUUUUUACAAAGGAAGUCUACCAGAAUGGCAAAUCAUGCAAAGAGUGUAAGGUUGUUUCUUCUGAUGGAAAGUAUGAAGUUCUUGCAACCAUGGGAACGAGUAGUAGGUCCGAGAUAAACGUUACUGUACGUGGAACUACUUUUGAUAUCUCUCAUAAAUCUAUUCGACCGACGCGUCUUUCUACCAAUGAAACAGGUAGAAAAAAUGACUCGGGUCCAUUUUGA